AUGGGAGUCAGCUCUGUCAACCCGGAGGCUAUUCACCGUUCACCUCAGGGAGAGCCCUGGUGCGCUGCUUGGAGAUAUUUCAGGCUCCCCGUUCGUCUCGAUAACUCCAAGACGCUGUGGAUCGCACCGGAGAGCGAUCAUCUCUUCCUGCCCAAGUUCGGCGUCAAGACCGGCGUCUUUGUGAACUUCAUCAAUGACUUGAAGGCAAACGACCCCAACCGCGUUGGCCUGCUCCAUAUUGCUUUCGACAGCUUGUGCGCCAAGACUCUGACAUUCUUGAAGGCGUUGGCGCCAGACCACGACAUCCCUCGAGAUGCACAGGACACCUUCAAGGCUUGCGUCGCACGGCUACAGUCUGUGUGGUUCGUUCAUCUCCUAUCAAGAGAUUCCCGUAUCAGCCAUGGCCUCCUCACAAGUACUAGGAACAGGUCCAUAAUGGGCUACAAUCGUAGCAUCCCAAUCUUCCCUCACGCUGUCGAGUUUGAGCUACUCGGCUCAGAUCCUCGGCCGAUUGAAUCCAGCCUGGAGGGGCAGACAGUCUGGCAGGAUCCCAAAACCGCCGUCCAAGCAUGGGUAAAGCUGGAGAGGAAGCUUGGUUUCCCCAACAAGAAACGCAAGGGCAGUAAGGGGCCCAGCCGUGAAAUCUCCCACCUUCUCGCCAUGGCCGCAAGAAAUGGCUACACGCGUCGGGCCCCUUUCGAAGUCAAUUCCGAGCAAACCAUGGAUGACUGUCUGCAACUCGAAUUGGACACGCUGAAGAGUUAUUUUAUCGAUGGUGUUGGUAGUUUAUGGCCGCAUCUAUACCAUCAGGAGGUCGAGGAAGGCAAGGAGUAUCUUCUGUCGGCAGCAGGGUUUUGGGUUUUCCCACUUGGAACCUUUAAGACAGUAGACAAAUCGCUUGAAACUGCAGUGUAUAAGGAUUUCAGCGGUCUUCAACCUGGAAUCGGACUCUUUAAACUGUGA